AGCAGACGACUGUUAGUAAAAUUAUUGAAGGGCCUAAUAACAUUUGGAAUAUUAUGCUUGUUAGGUUAAAUUUGUAAUUUGAUUGUUAGUUUGUUUAAACUGGAUGGAGGUGAUUGUUUUAACACCCAAUCGGUUUCAUGCUUCACUGGCUACGUAAUAAAUUCCAUGGUAGUUGCCAAAAAAUUUCUAGAUCAUUUUCUAACCGUGCUGCAAAUGACCCUUUGUCUACUCAAAGUAUCUCCAACACAGAAAUGUUAGUGGCAGACUCUAAUAUUGUUACAGAACAGAUAAAGCUCCAUAUUAUCAGUGUAGAUGGAUCGUCUUGGACCAUUAAAACACCUCAAGAUCUUAACAUUGAUGCCUUAAAAGCGAUGGCAUUAAGUCAUUUUUACAACCCAGUUGAAAGUGUCAAAUUAUUACCUUGUUUCAAAUUGAUUUCUGUGUCCAAAAAACAUGUUUUACAAUCCAGCAAUUCAAUUCAGCAAGAGGAACUGUCUUCGGAUGAUGAGAUUCUGCUUGUUGACUUGAGACCGGCGAAACCCAAAGAAAAUAUAAAUGAUGAUAAUUUUAAAGGACCAACUCAAGAAGAAAUCAGUUCAGCAACUGCACAUUUGAAACCAACAAAUAUUGUUAGGAUACCACCCCUAGUCGACUGUACUGGUGAUUUUCAGACCGAGAUGCGCAAAAUAUUGAUCUCAUUGGUGCAGUUCGCUGCGCAACUACUGAGUGCGAGAGAAGAUGCUGAUAAAACCUUUGCUUUGAUUGUUGAUAAACUAAAUACUAGAGAGAAAAUAGUUCCUGACGCAGUUUCCGUUAGAAAUCUAACCGAUAUGGGCUUUCCCGAAGACAAAGUAGUCUUAGCGCUACGAUUGAAAAGAAACAACGCGACUGACGCAUUGGACUGGCUACUGGAGAAGGGUGCCAGCAAAAUGGACGUUAUGAACGAAAGCUUGGGGGACGAGAGGGAGGAGUCGAACUCAUCGAGUCAGCCGACAUCAAUCACGCAAUCGGUCGACAGACUGCUGGCCACAUUUCAGGCCUUCAGGCACAAGGAGUUCCGGCCCAACCCGGAUGCCUUGAAGCUCAUCACCGACAUGGGAUUCACUGACAGGGAGGCCAUCGAAGCCCUUCGAGCCACCGGCAAUAACCAACAGUCUGCUUGUGAAUGGCUAUUGGGAGGCACACGAGCUGGCCUAGAAGUUGAUUCUGGAUUGGACAUUGAAGGACCUAUUUACAAAGCACUCCUAGACGAUCCUACCAUACAGAUGGCAUUGAAUAACCCUAAAAUGCUUCUUGCUUUCCUUGCGAUAUUGGAGAAUCCGCACCAAGCGAGCACGUGGCUCAACGACCCGGACGUGGCUCCAGUUCUCAACCAGAUAUUCAAAACUUUUCAUGCGGAAAAACACAUUCUUUUGGUGAACCGACACGUGGAAGCGUUCCAGCCGCCGCACCACUCAUGACACUGCUGCACUGCACUGCACUGCACCACUCAAAUCUAGUUAAUUGCUCGCCUCAAAAUUGAUUCCAUUAAAACGCUUUACUAAUGUUAUUGUGAUUGUUUUCACUUCUAAUUAAAUGUGAUUAUUGGUGAUUUAUAAGGCCACGCUCACACUGCAUAUGAUUAUCUAUCGUAGACGUGUGUCACCAUCGCUCGAGUGCUUAUGUUAAUUUGCAUCAAGCAAUACAAAUUUAGAUCUUUAUCAGUCCAAGAGGUAAAUCUCUUGAAAAUGAACACUUCUUGAUAGUUAAUAAAGUAUUAUUAUCAUUCAUUCUAUACUUUUCAUUAUUUUGAGUAAAAUUCUUCUGUUUUGCUCCAAAUUCCUCGAAACGUAUUAAUAAUUAUAUAAUAAUUUUCACCUCAUGAUUUAAUUCUCAAUUUCACUGAUAUUUCUUCUCAGCUCCUGUAUUGAUCGAAAACAUAAUGUUAUCAAUGACUGUCCAUUUCCAUCAUGUACGAGUAAGAAAAAUAUAACAUUGGGAUAGAAAUCGGAUGUUGAAACUAUAAAUGCAAAUAAGUACAUUUAACUCGUAUGCAGUGUGAGCACUCUUUUCUCUUUCAAAACAUCGAAAUCGUUCAUUAAUUUUCGUUUGUAUUUGACCGAUAAAGUUUCCUGUAAAACCCCAUGCAGUAUUUUUACUCACACUUUUAAAUUAUUUUA